CAUAUAUUAACCUCUAAAUCCUUUUCACUACUUGAAACCUAGUGUAAUAAAUUCAAUGUGGGAAGUCACAAAUCAUGUAAUAAUUUUUCCAUUACAAAAUUGGUAUAUUGGACCAUUUCACAAUUACAGUAUUUCACAAUUUUCAUAUCGAUGAAUAAACCAAUAUAGAUUUCGCUCUGCAUGUAUGUAGGUUAUUUGCUUGACGUGUUAAAAUUUCUAAUAACAAUUUCAGCCUUCUUUGAUUAAUAGGAAAAUGAAUGGGGUAGUGUUGUAAUAACUGAUACUUCAAUAAAAAUUCCAUUUCAGAUUUGUACUGGGAUUUUUGGCAUACCUCAUAGAAGCUGGCGUAUUCAAGAAGGUAAAACUUUCGUACCUCAUGGUAGGACACACCCACGAGGACAUAGACCAAAUAUUCAGCAGACUGUCAGUAUGGUUAUCAAGAGAAGACGUCUUCACAAUAUCAUCAUUGAUAAAAUGCUUUGAAUCAUGUUCCAGAAAAUCCAACAUUACAGGACUUUUGACCACAGAGGUUUAUGACUUUGGUGAUUGGAUGAAUCUCAACAAUAUGAGGAACCAUUCGCAACCCCAUGUAUUUAAAAUAAUAAGAGACCAAAAUGGAAAAGCAACAAUCAAAUACAAGAAAUGGACAACUGACAAAACAUGGCAAAACUGUACAGGAAGCGAAGACUACCUAAUAAAAGAUGAUCCAAAAUCAGAAAGGCCAGUGAGUACCUUGCAACCAAACACAGAAAGAAUGGACAUAGACAGAACUAAAAAGGACUUAGAGGCAGUUGCAAGGUUCUACAGAAACAAUGAUAUAUUGUCAUGGUGGGACAACUACCUGGAGGAUAUAACACGAGAGGAAGAAUGCGACAGCAGUGAAAGGGCCAUUCUAGAGGAGCUAGUGGCCAGCCACAACAGAGGCUCAACACAAUCACAGCCAGAAAAAGAAAUAGAUUUGGACAUCCCCGAAAUAAAUGACCCAAUUGCUCCGAUAAUCAUUGGGAAACCAACAAUGUCCAGAAGUAACACUGGAAAAGAACUGCAAGAAGGUGACAUGGUGUUGUUGGAUAGCCUCAGAUUCACUGAGCAGUGGCCGCAGGUAGCACAAGUGGUGCAUCUAGAAGAAGACGCGGCAACUGUUCAGUGGUUCUGGGGUAAUAAGACAACACCAUGGACCCCUGCUACAAAGAAUAAGACAGGGCAGCGGGGCAGAAGAGAACCUUAUUUACUUGUGUUCAAAAAAGAGUUAAAAAUGGCACUAUGGUUUUAA